GGGAGCCGAGGAUGCAGCUCUACAGCUCCGUGAUCACCCACUACCCGGCGGCCGCCACCGCAGCAGCCGCCGCGGCCUCGCCGAGCUCCGCCGCCGUCUUCAAGGUCUCCUUGUCGCCGGGACCCUCCGCCGCGGAGGCACCGAGCGCCGCCGACGCCGCGGGCCCGAACGCGGUCGCUGAGAGCUCCGGCAAGGAGAGCUUCGUUCCCGCGGGGGGCAGCAGCAGCGCCGCCGCCAUGCCCGCCUUCUCGUCCUGCCUGGAGGUGAUGCCGAGCGGCCCCGCGGCGGGGCCGGCCGGGCGGCCGGCGGGCGGCCCGCAGUUCAGCUCCUGCGCGCAGGUCACCGUCAGCCGCCGGCGGCCGCUGGAGCGGAUCGUGCCCAUCCGCAUCGUGCAGCGCGCCGAGGCCGCCGCGGAGCUGGUGCCGGGCUCGCCGCGCAGCCGCGCCUGGCUGGAGGGCAUCCUGGAGAGCGUGCGGCAGGCCGGGGGCGACGGCGAGGCGGCGGAGGAGCCCAGCAACCGCAGCCUGCGGCUCAGCGAGCACUGCCAGGCGCUGCAGGCGGCGGCCGCCGGCGCCCAGCCCGGGCUGGUUCCCGGCUGCGGCCCCGCGGAGCGGAGCGGCGGCCCCGCGCACGCCGAGCAGGAGGAGGCGGCGGGGCCCGACGUGCGGCGGGCGCCCGGCGGCAGAGCGGAGCGCAGCGAGAAGCUGGCGCUGUACCUGGCCGAGGUGGAGAAGCAGGACAAGUACCUGCGGCAGAAGGGCCGGUUCCGCUUCCACAUCAUCCCCGACGGGAACUGCCUGUACCGCGCCGUCUGCAAGGCGGUGUACGGGGACCAGCGGCUGCACGGCGAGCUCCGCGAGCAGACCGUGCACUACAUCGCCGACCACCUGGACCACUUCAACCCCAUCAUCGAGGGCGACGUGGGAGAGUUCCUCAUCGGCGCCGCGCAGGACGGGGCCUGGGCCGGCUACCCGGAGCUGCUGGCCAUGGGGCAGAUGCUGAACGUGAACAUCCACCUGACCACGGGCGGCCGGCCCGAGAGCCCCACCGUUUCCACCAUGGUUCACUACCUGGGGCCCGAGGACCCGACGCGGCCCAGUAUCUGGCUGAGCUGGCUUAGCAAUGGGCACUACGAUGCUGUGCUGGACCGCGUGUGCCCCAACCCAGAGUACGAGGCGUGGUGCAGACAGACUCAGGUACAGCGCAGGCGGGACGAGGAGCUGGCCAAGUCCAUGGCGGUGUCCUUGUCCAAGAUGUACAUUGAGCAGAAUGCCUGCUCAUGAGACCGCCUGGGCCGGGAGCUUCGCUGCAGGGACUGACAGAGAGGUGUGCUCGCUGUGAUGGUGAUGCCUUAAUCCUUAAUGAAGCAGCAGCACCCCAGACGGACAAAGACUGUAGGUUGCGGGGGGAUAAAUACAGACGUAGUUGUAAUAUUCUGUUGUAAAAACUUAGCCUCGGGUUAUUUGCAAGCAGAUUUCUCCGUGUAUGUUUGUGUCUCCCCUCCCCACUGUCUGUUUUCUAUGAGAAUGUAUUUUUUGCACACUAUUUUUAAACUGUUACCUCCAUCUUCUACAUCUUGCAUUAGUAUCUGGCUUUCAGCUGUACAGCCAAAAACGUUUGUAAACAGUUUUUGUAAAUAAGGCUUAUGAUGUAACAGCUAUUUUUUGCUGUGUUUUUUACCCAUAAACUUUAUAUUUUUACCAAAUGAAGUUGAUGUCAAACUGACCCCCCUAGUUGAUGAAAAUGUGUUUUUAAAAGUGCGGCAAAGUGAGAACAGACUGCUUUUAGGAACAAUUGCUUUCUCUGCCUGGAGCACAGAAUAGGUCCUUUGAGCCAGUUGGAAUGCAGCUACACGUGAACAGUGCAGGGAGCAAUUGACUCUUCUGUUUUUAAUUACUGUUUUGAGUAAACUGGCCUCUUGUUGCCUGGUUGGCUCACUCUCUGCUCCACUUAUAUUAUUUAUCUAUAAUAACAGAACAUUAACUUGCAAUAGAAUGUUGUGACUAGAUAAUAGUCUCCUGCUUUGGCAGUAAUUGCCGUGGCUGCACCUCAGUGUUUGUGUUCUUGUUUCUGGGGCUAUGGUGUCUUUCGUAUAAGCCCUGCUUCUUUUUUGGCACUGGUGUUUCACCAACAAGUCAUUAUCUGAUCACAACAUUUUAUUCACGUGACUUUAUUUUCUAAUCAAGAAAUCAGGAAUGGUAUUCUACAUUAUGGUUUAAAAGAAAAAAAAUACUUAAAUUGAGGUUUGUAUGGUUUGCUGGGUCAAACAUUUAAAUGUCUCCAAUCUGGAUUCUGUCUCUUCUACUUUCUGAUUAACUUGUUAGAUAUAUUUAUUAAGUAAUGCAGUUUGUACUUUUUUAUUUUGUAAUAUAUUGUGAUUUCGGAAUUUAUACUGUAUUUGUAUAAUAGGAAUAUUCACAGCUAAAAUGGAAUGAAUAAAGAAUAUAAUUUUACUUGUGCUCUUCUUUUCUGCCCUGUGCAUUCCUGGUGUGGGGAAGAAUUGCGGGUGGGUUCACAGGAUCUUUUAUAGCUUCUCUGCCUUAGUCUCUCCUACUGAGAGGUGGGAAGAAGGGGUGUGGUACUUUACAGAUGUAAACCACUGAUAAUUCUGGUGUCUGUUAAUAUGUGAAAGAAAUGCAGGCAUUUAAAGACAAUUGAAUAUCUAAUUAUUUUCUUACUGCAAGAGAUCUUAGUAUAUGUGUUUGCUAGUGAGAAACCAUUUCCUAUAUUAAUAUGCCUUAGAAGGGGAGUUCUCAGGCAUAGUUUGUGAGCUCGUGGUGCCAGGGUUGGUGGUGAGCCAGCUCUGCUGGCCUGUGCACACGUGGGCUUGGACAUUGGUCUUUGGGAACCUCCAUUCUGCAGUUAGCCCCAAACUUGCUCGAGGUUUGUCCUGUCAGUAGUGAUACCUUGGCACCCUCUUGUUACUCAAACACAGUAAUGUUACAGGGAGGUACAGCUUUCUACUCCCCUUGCAAGAUGGAAAUGUCUUUCAGGUUGUUUAAACGUGUUUAGAAAAGUGCGCGUGUGUUUACAAAUCAGUCCCUGAUCUCAAAAUGGUAAAACGUCUUCAUCCUUAAACAACAGAAGGGUACUAAAGUUAUGAUUAAAAAGUAACUAAAUAGCUGAAAUGCAUCAGUCUUAGUUGAGCACCUGUGAUAGAUCUGCGGGACUGAUGUAUAUAUUUAUUACUGGUUUAUGUGGUACAAAGAGUAGAUUUAAAUAUUAUGUUAUUUUCAAAGCAUUGGUAAAUAGAAUAUUUUUAUUUAAUAGAGUAUGUAAACAGUGGUGGAAAACCCCCAGUCUUUCUAGUCCACUGCUGCUUAACCCAUGAAUCUUCGGAAAGCUGAAUUUUGAGGUGAGAGCAUGGCAAAGAUGCAGUCAUGGAUCUGUUCAUAAGGAACAGAGGUAGUUUAUAGGGAAAAUGUCUAUUCACAUUACUAAAAAUAAAGAUAUUAAUACAGCAUUACUAAAUGUCAAUGAUGUGCUGACUAAUUAAAAACAUUUUAUCCAGGCUGCUAAAGUUUUGGGUUGGAUGUGAUUAAUUAAUUCAAAGUUGUGACUAUCCCAAACUUUAAAAAAAACCCACAUGCAUUUAAGUCUUCUAAAAUGACUGUUUUUGGCUGUGUCAUGAAUUGUGAUCACAAAUUCUGUUUGUGUUUUGCAACACAAACCUCAUAAAUGCUCAGUAAGCUAAGCAAAAGGGAUUGGUGCAGCAUAAUGUUCACUCUGUGCGAUAAAAAUGAUACUAAAACAUCACAAAUAAACAAAGCAGUGUUAAAAACCAACUGUGUGGGACCUUGGGAUGGGCUCCCACAGAGUUCCUCAGCAAUCUAUCUACUGCAUGAGUCACGAGGGCAUGCAGAUAACUUUAAGGAAUUUGAAAACUAGGUUACUUGUUGAACUAGUUUGCAAAUACAUGGAGGGUGUAUUGCUGAAGCGUGUAACAAGGCACUUGUUUUUGCAACUUGCAUUAUGUACUGUGUCUAAAAGGAAAUUGGAAAAAUGGCAUUGCAGAUGUUUUGGACACAUUGAAAGUGUGUUUUCUUUAAUAUCUGUGGUGUUUAAAGUUCAGCUAAGACACUAGGUUCAGAUGCAAGCUAGUGGUGUAUUGUUUGAACAGGAGUAGAGGCAGUUUCAUGGACAAAUUUUAUGGAAGCAGUGAUCCUAAUGUGGACAGAGCUUUACAAAACUGCUUGUAACACUAUUCUUACCCCCAGAAAAAGCAGAGGUAGAUGCAAGUUUUCCUUUACUGCCCUGUAUUCAACAAUUCCAGUAACAAGGGAAGGACAGAUAUUGUCCUGGAUCAUAAUUUCAGUGGCUCAUUAUUUUAACCUUGGCUAAUUACUUACAUAACCCAGCUAAUCCUUAGGCCUGUCUGGGGACUUUGGUCAACAGACUUUUUAUUAUUGACAAUAAGUCAGAAAAAGAGGUUGAUUUUCAAUAUGCCACUUGCAUGGUCCUAUAAAUCAGGUAGAAAAUGCUUUAAUUCUAAACUGAGCUAAUGUGAUCUUCAGUCGGUGGGAGCAUAAGCUUUGUGAUGUCUUUGCUUGUAUGUUGUUACACAGUUGUGAAUUAGUUGACAUGUUGGAUGCUGCAUUUCAGGAGUUCCUUAGGUUGCCAAGACUAUGACAUUCUGUCACUAAAUGUUCAAGGGAUAUGUUAAAAUUGUUAUGUGUGUUGAACGGACUUGGUUACAUGAAGCAAGGAAUCCCAAAAUAAGGAUGAUGUGCAAGUAGGAAAGGGAAGAUUUAUGUAAGUAUCACUGUUUUCCAUUUCAGUCAAGGGCUUGCUCUUCAGAAAGUUAAGUGGUUGACACUUUGUGCUUAGUAACUUUCUCAGGACACACAGAAGUUGUCUAAUGCCAGCUACAGCAAUUUAUCUCUCCUGUUGUAUUUGGCUGAUACAUUACAUGUGUGCAAGAUAUUUUACAUUAAUUCCACUUGUAAAUAAAGGUGUGUUUCAGUAUUUCUUAUAUAUGUACAUAGUCACCUGAAUACAAGUAUUUCUACUGUCUACUUUUGUUUUUAUGAUGUCAGAAUUACUUGGUAGGAUUUUUGAGGAUAAAAUUUCAAUUUUGUUUUAGUGAUUUGUCAGCGUGCUCGUGUAUUGCUUCUGAAUUCAAGCAGAAAAUGAUGGCAUAUCUCAAAACAGAGACAAGUACCUGGCAAUAACUGUGUUUUGCUUAUAAUUUGCUUAUAAUAUUUUAUAUUUAUUCAACAGUUUAUUGAUAUGUAGUUAUAAGUGUUCCUAGAAUGUUGGUGCAAAAUGGUAUAGAAUGAAAAAAAAUCCGGAGUCUUGUUGUUUAAAAGAUUGUCUCAUUUCAGAAUUGCAUGGUUGUGUGAAAAUACACAGCAUCCAGUGAGAUAGUAACUGUUUGAAAGAACAGGUCUGCCAAAUGCAAUUGUGUAGUCAUCAGAACUUUUUAAAGAAGCAAAAGAUUUUAAACUUUGAAUUUUUACUAACAUACAGGCUGAUUUGUAACAUGUACAUGUGUGUUUCGCUUGAAAAAGUGGCUUUGAUAUUUCCUGUUCAGUUUUCAUUUAUAUUCUGUCUUUUUUAUAACAAGUUUAUACUAUUAAUGGAUAAAAAGAUACAGAAAUGCAGUAAUAUCUUGUACUUCAGCCAUUUUUUUUCUGGAGCUAGUAUUUAAAAUAUGUUUAUACAAGGAAACCUAUACAUAGUAUUCAGACUGCAAAUCAAUGGAAAUAAACCACUGUCACGUUCCA